CCACAUCUUUUUCUAAUACACUUUUUAUACUUCGAACUUCAAUUGUUCAAUGUAAAUAUAUCAUCAGAUGCAGCGCGUUUUGGACUUUCUUUCUAUAUAUAAGAAGUUAAUAAAUUAAAAACAUCUAGUGAUAAAACCUAAAAACUACAAAGGGGAAAAAAUCAUUUGAGGUGCACAGUAAUUCGUUACUUUUUUUUUUUUUUUUUACAGAUUUUGUUUUUAUUUUGUUGAAGUAGACAUCGAUUAUGUCAUGUCGCUUCUUAUUUUUUUUAUUUAUUAUUAUUCAAAACUCUUUUUCUUCCAUACAUAUUUCUCCCAAUCGUAAUCAAUUACAAUAUAGUUUUAUAAGAACAAAUUCUGAUAGAAUAAUUGAAAGAUUUAAACGACGUACAACGUCAGAUAUAUUUCAAAUUCAUAUUCAUUAUGAUACAAGUAUUAAAAAAUUAUUAAAAGAUGAACAAAAAUUAAUUAAAGAAGCUGUUCAAGCUGCAACUAAUUAUUGGAGUAAAACUAUUCGACCGAAAUAUAAAUUAAAUAAUCCAAUACGAUUAACAAGGCAAUGUCCAUCAAGAAAAAUGUUUAUUGUUGAACGUAAUUAUUCUAUACAUUAUUGUUCAGAAAAAUGUUUAGAUGAAACACAUUGUGGUGAUAUUAUUGUACCUGAAGAACAUUUACAACAAUGUUAUAUUUGUAAAAAUCAUCAAAAAUGUGAUCCUAUUGGUACACAAGGUCCUGGUGUUAAUACUGAAUUUAUUUUAUAUGUAUCAGUAC